AUGAAGAAGGUUGUAACUUUUUUGCUCCACAGACAUCCACUUCACCUGUCCUCAAGGGGAACAGCAACUCCGGCCGGCGACAUGACCGUCCUCCCGACUCCAUUCUACUGUCGGUGGAUCGAUCGGCCAAUAUACCUUAGUCUCUCACCCUUUAAAGACAACUAUAUUAACGCCCGCAUAUCCCGUUACCGACCUUUUUACCCUCCUUCUCUAUCCCUUCUCCUCUCCAGCCUCCUCAAGCCAUCCCGACCAAUGCCUGUCUUGUCCUGCCUACCAUUUGGCCUGGCCGUCCAACCAACUCACUUUCCUGAGUUGGCUGUAAUCGAGGCUCCUUCAUUUAGGCGCAAAUACGCGACCCGAAUAAGCAGAUGA